GUGACGUCUUACGCAGCAGUGUCAAAGUUCGUACAAAGAUGUAGCACUUCCUUUCCUGUUAGCGGUGGCCACAGAACAGCAUCAACAUGGGCAAGUUUAUGAAGCCUGGGAAGGUGGUGAUGGUCCUUGCUGGACGUUACGCCGGCCGCAAAGCUGUCAUCGUCAAGAACAUUGAUGAUGGCACAACCGACCGCCCCUACAGCCACGCUCUGGUCGCAGGCAUCGACCGCUACCCCCGUAAAGUGACCACAACCAUGGGCAAGAAGAAGAUUGCCAAGAGGUCCAAGAUCAAGGCCUUUGUCAAGGUGUUCAACUACAACCACCUCAUGCCCACCAGAUACUCUGUUGAUAUCCCUCUGGACAAAACUGUUGUCAACAAGGAUGUCUUCAGAGAUCCUGCUCUCAAACGCAAAGCCAGGCGAGAGGCCAAGGUCAAGUUUGAGGAGAGGUACAAGACGGGCAAGAACAAGUGGUUCUUCCAGAAGCUCAGAUUCUAACUUCAGUUGCUUUCACAAAUAAAUGUUUAUAAAGUGGA